ACCGCGUGGAGGGCGUUUAUUUUGUAGAGCACUUAAGUAGAGCUGGCGUUAGCAACACGGGAGUUGGGUGGCUUUAACUAGCCACAUAUUUUCAAGCUACUAAAGUCGGAUUUUCGCUUUGAAGCAAACGACGUCUUGGUAAGACCAUCAUGAACCGGUUUAAUCAACCAGGCAGUCACAGGACUCUGCCGUUCACCCGGACAUCGCACCUUGGAACAUGCAAACAAGACCUGGAAAGAGAUUCAGGCUUCUCAGAUGCUAGCUCGGAGUACCUCAGCACAGUCGAAGUGACUGACUCUGAAGAUGCAGCAAGAAAUGGGUCAAUAGUCAGCCAGGAGCCAACUGGUCCACAGGUGGCUGUGAUGGGAGGUUCAUACACUGGACUGUCUCCAAUGAUCAUCAUGAACAACUUCGUGUUAAAGCAGCAAUCAUCCACAGCUCCAGCAGAAAAACAGUGGAACUUUCCUUCACCAUUGGAAAUAAUGCCUCAGUCACAAGUGGUUUUUCUUCAACCCAUGCUAUCAAAUGACAACAACAGCUCUCCUAAGACUGGCUCUGAAAACACGCGACAGUCAAAAAGCUACAUGCCCAUCCUCAAAUCAUAUCCCAAAAUUGCCCCGCAUCCCAUGGACACACCCACUAAGAGGCUAGGAUCCUCAAGGGUGAGGGGGAGUACAGCAGCAGGAUAUAACCAGCGACAGAGGAGGCAUCAUCAUGGCCACAGGGUGUACAGCACCCCCAGCCCCCUGUCAGCACUGCAGAUGACAGCCCAAACCACAUCCAACUUUGAAGCACCAACAAACCAAGCACAGAGUCAAGAGCAGCUUAUCAAGUCUUUUUCCUCACAGGUAGGAACCAGCUCCCUGCCCUCCUACACAGAUGAAUUUAGGACUCUAGCAGGAGACAACAGGAUGCUUGAUGACGAAUUCGAGGAUGAGGACUCAAUGCGCACUAAUAAGGAGAAACGCUUCAGCAAUACCUACAACAUACUCAACAAGUCCGGCUUGCUGGGGAUCACCAUGCGCACAAAGCAGCUGAUCAAAGAGAAUAAGCGCACCCAAGACCAGCUGCAGCAGCUUCAGGAGCAGACGACUCUGCUGCUGGAGGCUCUGAGCAGUGGAAACCCACAACUCUGGACUAAACUCCAGCUUUCUCUCCAGGACACAGAAAAGGAACAGUGGGGGGCGAAACCGCAGAGCAUCCUAGCUUAAAAUAUGUACGGACAUAAUCAGUAGUCCUGAAUCUGGAGACGAGGAUUAAUCAGGAGGCCACAGGGGGAUUUAAUAAAUGUGGACAAAUUGUGUUAAAUAUACUCUUGAACUAAACUUUAAGCUUUCAGACCUUUAUCAGUAGGCUGUAGGUAUUAAUCACUUUCUGCAGCAAAGUUAAGAAAUUAGACAGUUUUGGAGCAGCUGGUUGGAUAUAAAACUAAAGGUCUGUCUCAUAUUGCAUGUUGUUGUUCUGACGACAUCAGAAUUGAUAUUACUCCAGGACCGUCACUUCAAACGACCGGUCACAUUGUUGGGAUGCAGUAGCUCUGCAACUUCGUGAUAAAGGAUUGUGGAAAAACCAGCAGAAGUGAUAUGGGAAGUCAAAAGCUAUUUUCAGCUGCUCCACUGUCACAAGGGUCCCCACAGUGGGUAGUUCCACAUGUUUGAUUUGGCAGAGUUAUUAUUCCAGAUGCCCUUCCAGAUGCAACCCUAAAGGGGAUUUCUGUCUCCAACCUAAAUAUCAUUACGGAGUUGGAGAAUGGGAAUUCAGAAAAUGUGACGUAAAGAGCAAGAAAGUCUGUAUAGAUGACAUAUCAGGGUAGAUGAAUAGGUUAUAUUCAGUCAUAUAGUGCUGAUCUGCCCAGCCAAACAUCUUCACAGGAUAGCAGUAAUUAUAUUUGCUGCUUGUGGUGACAUUUCCUAUACUUCUUACCCGUAGCAGUGUCAACAGUGACUGGGCUAGUAGAGCAGAAGAUAUCAUUGGCAUGCUUAACUCAUUCACUGCCAGCCAUUGGCAGUGAAUGAGUUAAACCCAUUG